AUGUCUGAAACUGAAGUUACCCUUCAAAAGUUCGAUGUCUUUCUGAGUUUCAAUGGAGACGAUACUGGUCGUAACUUCAUCAGUUUUCUCUUCACAGAAUUGAUAAAAAAGAAUGUUAAAAUUCCACCCUUCAAAUAUGACCGGCAGAUAUCUCCGGAGCUCGAACGCAUAUCGCCUGAGCUCGAACGGGCCAUUGGGGGUUCUAGAUUCGCCGUCGUUGUCGUCUCUGAGAAUUACUCUGCUUCUCCUUGGUGUCUGGAAGAGCUUGUGAAGGUUAUGGAAUUCGUAAGAGAGGGUUCGAUCACCGUGAUACCCGUCUUUUACGACGUGGAUCCGUGCCAUGUGAGGAGGCAGAUUGGGAAAGUCGCUGAACACUUCAAGAUGCAUGAGGGUAGAGAAGACCAUGAGAAGGUGCUUUUUUGGAGGCAAGCAUUGAAAGAUUUGGGGAAUGUCUCCGGCAUCUGUUCAUCUAAAUGGGAAGAUGACUCAAAGAUAGUAGACAAAAUUACUGAGCUGAUAUCAAAAAAUCUGAUGAUUGAUACAACAAGAAUUAAUGGGAGUGACCUUCAGGGGAUUUAUGCACACAUGAAAGCUUUUAACCGAUUAUUGAAUUUGAGCUCUAAGAAAAGUGUAAGAGUGAUUGGGAUUUGGGAGAGAGGAAGCAAGAAAAGAUCGGUUUUAGCUAAAUUUGUUUAUCAGAACAUUCAUCAACACUUUGAAAGCCAUUUUUUCCUGGAAAGUGAGAAAAUGGUUUAUAAGGAUCGUCACAUGUUGCAUCUCUUUGAAGAGAGGAUGAGUCAAUUAAGAGUCAAGAACAAAAAGGUUUUGCUUGUGGCUGACGACAUCAAAAAGCUUGAACAGUUCGAUGCUCUUGCAGAUAAUUUCAACAAUUUUGGUCCGGGGAGUAUAGUUAUCAUCACUACACAAGACAAGCAGGUGCUUUCCUCUUCAGGCAUAAAUCUUGUUUAUGAAGUAGAGUUUCAGAGAUUCUUGGAAGUUCAUGGACAUUUCAGGCAAUUAGCCUUCAAAGAGAAAGACAUUUCUGCUGCGUUCGAUUUGUCUUUGUAUAGGGCAACAAAUCUUGCAAAUGAAUGUUUUGGUUAUCUACGUGGUGGAUCACAAGAUCUGGUUCGCCGGAAUCAGUUUAUAAAGCAAAGUCCCAUUAUUUUUUCAGCAGUAGCUACUUGUUUUUUCUCUCCUUCAUGUUUUGGGUACUUUUAUUUUGCUUCCCUUUUGUGUACUAAGGCUCUUUUGUAA